ACGAUGGAUGUGGCUAAUUCCAAAGAUUUCCAGUGGAAAAGCCUGGCCCCGCUGCCGAGCCGCAGGGUCUACUCGACGCUGGUGGAAGCCGGAGGGCAGGUGUUCGCCAUCGGGGGCUGCGAUGACGACGGCGUCCCCAUGGACUGCUUCGAGGUCUACUCGCCCGAGGCCGACCAGUGGACCUCGCUGCCCCCCAUGCCCACGGCCCGCGCCGGGGGGGCCGUGGCCACCCUGGGCAAGCGGAUCAUGGUGAUCGGAGGGGUUGGGGCGAACCAGAUGCCGCUGAAGAUCGUGGAGAUGUACAACGUGGAUGAGGGCAAGUGGAAGAAGAGGAACUCGCUGCGGGAAGCAGCCAUGGGCAUCUCGGUGACAGCAAAAGACUACAGGGUCUACGCGGCCGGCGGGAUGGGCUCGGACCUGCGGCCGCACAACUACCUGCAGCACUACGACGCGCUCAAGGACAUGUGGGUGUCGCUGGCCGCCAUGCCCACGGCCCGGUACGCGGCCACGUCCUUCCUGCGGGGCACCAAGAUCUACGUGCUGGGCGGGCGGCAGUCCAAAUACGCCAUCAACGCCUUCGAGGUCUUCGACACGGAGAGCAGGUCGUGGACCAAGUUCCCCAGCAUCCCCAACAAAAGGGCCUUCUCCAGCUUCGUGCCCGCCGAGGACAAGCUCUUCAGCCUCGGGGGGCUGCUUAUCCUGAGCUGGGUUGUUAUUUGCUUGUUCGCUAAGUGGCUUUCACUUCCUAAAUGCCGAGGUGAGGUGCGGGAGCAGGUAGUGCGGCCCCUCCGGUCCCUGUCCCGGAUCUUUGCGGGUCUGACGCCGCUGGCUGAAGCAGUGAAGCUGGAACCAUCCCAUGUGUGUUUUGCCCCUGGCUAA